AUGACACAGACGGAGAAAGACAAGAAACGAUAUCCACCGUCGAGGAUAGGUAUCAAACAACCUCGUCGAAAAGAGGUCACAGGAACUAUCGUCAUGUUGGAUGACCCGGAUGACGAUGGUGCCGAUUCUAUUGCCAUGAAAAGAUCAGCAACUGGUGUAAUAUUAAAUCCUCAACCUCAUGAUUCCCCUAAUGAUCCUUUAAAUUGGCCAUUAUUGAAACGGGAUUUAUGUUUAUUUAGCGUAGGAUUUGCUAGUUUCUUAGGUGGUGGUCAAUCACCUUUGUUGGCUGCUGGUAUGAAUGCUUUAUCUGUUGAAUUUGAUAAACCUUUAACUACUAUUGCAUAUUUAGUCGGUGGAUUCAUGUUAGCAUUAGGAUGUGGGUCCGUUAUUGCAAGUCCAAUUGCUGUCAUGUAUGGUAAACGUUUAGUUUAUAUUAUUUUUACUUUGAUUUUCUUUGGUGGCGCAAUUUGGGGUGGUGCAUCAACCAGUUUUGGAAGUCUUAUAGGUGCAAGAAUAAUGACCGGUAUUGGUGCUGCGCCAACUGAAUGUUUACCAAGUUCCACAAUUGCAGAAAUUUAUUUUGCUCAUGAACGUGCCUAUAGAGUAGGUAUUUAUACCAUGUUAAUGUUGGGAGGUAAAAACAUCGUCCCAUUAAUUUCAGGGUUAGUUUUCCAAUGGUUAGAUAGACAUUGGGUGUUUUGGAUUUUAUCAAUCUGUUUAGGACUUACUGUUGUUUUACUUUUCUUUUUCGUUCCGGAAACGUUUUGGGAUAGAACUCCAACUCCUUCAAAAAGAUCCUUGGAAGAAACUGAAGCCGCUAAAAAUGUUGCUUCUUAUCACCCUCCAGAACAAAGACCAAAUGCUUACGCAUUAAGACGACCCUCACAAAUGAAUUUAGGUCCAGUAUAUUCCCUUUCAUCAUCUGUGAAUGAUGAAGAUGUAGAACAAGCUCAUAAACCAGUAGGUGUAACUGAGGAUGUAUUACCAGAAACUGGAGUUGUUGAAGAAAAGAAAAAGUCAUAUUGGAAAGACUUGACAAUCUAUCAAGGUCGUUUCACUCAAGAUAAAUGGUGGAUGAUCACAUUACGUCCAUUUUUCUUAUAUUCCUACCCAGCGAUAUUAUUUGGUUCAUUGACAUAUUCACUUGCUGUUGUUUGGUUGAUUGUCAUUUCAGAAACAAUUGGCGAAAUCUUUAGAAGUCCACCAUAUGGAUAUUCUCAAUUAACAGUUGGGUUAUUUUAUGUUUCACCUUUUGUUGGUGGUAUUUUAGGUUCACUUUCUUGUGGAUUGGUCUCGGAUAGGAUAUCACGUUUUAUCGUUUCCAAGAAUCAUGGAGUUUACGAACCUGAAUUCCGUUUAGUUAUGAUCAUUCCAUCCACUUUUUUCAUUGUGUUUGGAUUAAUGGGAUUCGGCUGGUCUGCACAAGUGAAAGACCCUUGGAUUGGUCCAAUUAUAUUCUUUGGUUCUUUGAGUUUUGGUAGUUCUAUGGCAAGUACAACAGCCAUCACGUUCGCUGUGGAUUCAUAUAAAGUUUUUGCAGGUGAACUGUUGGUUUCAUUUAAUUUUUUGAAAAAUUUCCUUGGGUUUUGUUUUUCAUUGUUUAAUAAUAGUUAUAUUCAUGAUGAGGGUCAUAGAACUUCAUUUAUCACUUAUGGUUGUAUUCAAUUGUUUGUUAGUCUUUUUGGUAUUCCUUUGUAUAUUUAUGGGAAAAGAUUAAGAUCUUGGACUGAUGAAAAGGAAAUCAUGAGAUGCUUGUAUAUUGAAGAAAAUAGACCUCCAAGCAUGGCUUCUAGAAAGCUUGAUACCGAUGGUGAUCUGCAUGAUGGAGUCACUAUGUAA